CAAGUGUUCUGUGGCCUGUGUACAUAACUACCUGUGGCCUUUAAAGGCGAGGCACAAAACAGAAAGCAGACCAAGUCAGAGCUCAUCUGUGCUUGUGAAAGAAGACAAUCAGACAGCAGCAUGGCAGACGUGUGUCUUCCUCAGUGGGAAGACAUCAUCCAGUGGGCGGAUGUUGAGGAGCUUGUUCUCGGCCCUCAGAACCAGUUUCAUCCACAGUUGGGUCAGACCACUCACAGCUUUCUAAAGGUGUAUGAUGAUGCCCCAGGAUCUCCUCAGCCUGAUAACAUUGACGUGAAGGUGUUCGACCCUUCUAAGAAUACCAACAUCCCAAUUGACCUGAAGAUCACAGACACCGUUGACACACUGAUCAAGAAGUACCUGCAGAUGAGGCCUGAGCUGGGGAACAAUCUACGCCUUGCCUUCAAUGGCAAACCAGUUGCAGCGCACGCGAUCCUGAGAGAUCUGGGGGUGAAGCCCGGGGCCGUGUUCAUCACCUUCCAGAGAUGCCGUGGAGGAUAAGAGACCGGACAUUACACCUCUCUCUUCAUCUGUAAAAUUAAUUUCCCAUAAAAUCAAAUCUGUUUUCAUUUCUCACUCUCUCACAAACCAUCUCAGGUCUAUUUUAAAAUAACAGUGGGUGCACGGGUUUAUUGUGUUUAAGCCUGUAGAAUUGUAUUGCCUUUUAAUUAUUCACUGGCAGGAAAUAAAAAUAUAUACUACAACACACACUAAACAGGUCAUCAUACCUAUAUCUGUAGUGUAAUAUAAUUUAAAACCAUUUACAUUGAGUUUGUAGUUAUGUCUAUACAUUUCUGUCACUUGGUCUCGCUUUAUAUUUUUAAUGUAAAACUUUCUUUUAAUUUGUAAUUCUUUCAGCUGACUGUAAUUACCAUGUUAUUUACUGAUGUACUGAUAUCAUGAAUAAUAAUUAUUAAAUGUAAUAUAUUGCAUAACCUGAUUUAAAAGCUUUAAUGUAUUAAAAAGAUUCUAAACACUGUGAA